AGGUUGUCCAGUUGAUCACUUACCAUUGCAGUAUUCUGUUUUGGAGAGUUGAGCUAACGUCUGAUAAUGUCUGGAAGAGGCAAAACCGGAGCAAAGGCCCGCGCCAAGGCCAAGACCCGUAGCUCCCGCGCCGGUCUGCAGUUCCCCGUCGGCCGUGUCCACCGUCUCCUCCGUAAGGGUAACUACGCAGAGAGAGUGGGCGCCGGGGCCCCAGUGUACCUGGCCGCCGUGCUGGAGUACCUCACUGCUGAGAUCCUGGAGCUGGCUGGUAACGCCGCCAGGGACAACAAGAAGACCCGUAUCAUCCCUCGUCACCUGCAGCUGGCUGUCCGCAACGACGAGGAGCUGAACAAACUGCUCGGCGGUGUCACCAUCGCCCAGGGUGGCGUCCUGCCCAACAUCCAGGCCGUCCUGUUGCCCAAGAAGACUGGCCAGUCUGCACCGAGCUCCGGCAAAGCGGGAAAGAAGGCCUCCUCUCAGUCUCAGGAGUAUUAGCUUGUAGGCUAAUAACUUUCAACUCAAAGGCCCUUUUAAGGGCCACCCACUCCUCAUUGAGAGAGCAACUUAUCCUGUUAACCGCUGUCUUGUUGCAUUUUCGCAUGUUUUUUUUAAUUUAAUAAACGCUUGUUUUUUAAAAAA